AUGAGUCGCGCUCUGCGAAAAGCAGUUCGGUCCCCGUUUUCGAACGAAAUUGAGCGAGCCGAGAUGCCAAACAGGUUUACCCGUCCACCAUUCAACUGCUAUGACGGGAAGACUGAUUCGGUAGAACACGUCAGCCAUUAUAUUCAGAUGAUGUCUUUGCAUACUCAUAACGAUGAGCUAAUGUGCAAGAUAUUCCCUUUGAGUCUGGGACCAACUGCUUUGAGGUGGUUUAACGGGUUACGGAAAGGAUCCAUACGUAGUUUCUCCGAGCUAAUUCAGGAGUUCGGCAUUCGGUUUGUGACAUGCAGCCAAGUACCUCAGCCAGUAGACGUGCUUCUCUUAAUGAAAAUGAGGGCGGGAGAGACCCUCCGUUGUUACGCUAGCCGGUAUUGGGAGCUGUACAAUGAGAUAGGUGGGGAUAACGAAAGGGUCGCAGCAAGCACUUUUAGGAUGGGGUUACCCGAGGAUUCCGGGCUACAAGAGUCGUUGACCAAGAAGCCUCUCGAAGGCAUGCGGCAGCUUAUGAGACAUAUUGAGGAAUAUAAACGAUUAGAGGAUGACCGGCUACAGAGCAAAGGCAAAGCGCCAAUGAUGAAUCAUCCCUGGCAGACUGGUUUCCCGUUCAGGCCUCGGCGGGGUCUGACGAUUCAAGAACCGGCCGCACAGAUGGGAGAAGUGAAUGUAACGUUUAAGGAACCGAUACACAGGAUUCUUGAUCGAAUCAAACACGAGCCGUAUUUCCGAUGGCUGAAUAAGAUGGGAGGGGACCCAUCUAGGAGGAAUCAGAAUCUGUACUGCACUUAUCACCGAGACAAGGGUCAUACUAUUGAACAAUGCCGGGUAUUAAAGGAUCACCUCAGGCAAUUAGUCAAGGCCGGGCACUUAAAGGAUUUUGUGCUAGACUCAGGGGACAGAGUCGUAGGGCAAGAUACUCGGCAAAGGGGGAACCCUCUCCCACCCCCUGUAGGGGUGAUCGAAGUAAUCCAUGUUGCCCCGGAGAAGCUCAUUGUAGGAAGGAGGAAAGGAAUGUUGACAGUAGUACCGGUAGAGGGUAACCCGGAUCUACAGUCGCCAGGUAAGAAGAUGAAGUUUGCACGGGAGCCCAUCUCAUUCGACGAUGACGAUUUAGAGGGGACGAUCUAA